UCUCCCUUCACCCCGUUUACCAUCACAGGAGUUUCUUCAAGGCUUCAGUGAGCGUCGGACUGCAGAGAUACAGAGAGAGAGAGAGAACGGAUGUUAGCUCAUUACUUCUGCUGUUAUCCGAGAGCGUUUAAUCCUUUCUAAACACUGUUCUCGCUGCUGCUCUUCACCUGCCGUCUGGACUCUUGCUUUUUCAUGCUCGGCAAUUUGUGCCUGAUGCACCAACAUUCAUAAAGCUCCAAGACUACAAAUAUUGAAGUACUGCAGUAUCAUGACCAGGAAGGUGUUCACCAACACACGCGAGCGCUGGCGCCAACAUAAUGUCAACACAGCCUUUGCAGAGCUGCGGAAACUCAUUCCUACGCACCCGCCGGAGAAAAAGCUCAGCAAGAAUGAGAUCCUGCGACUGGCCAUGCGCUAUAUUAAUUUCCUUGUGACUCUGCUGGAGAGUCAAGGGGGCGAACCCUCCGCUCAUUCUCAAGCAGCUCUCCUGACACUGCUCACGGGGAACAUGCAGAACCUGCGCACUGACCGCACCUGGACCAGCGACACCGACGCGCCCUCACCCGGCUCCAGCUGCGACAGCUCAGAGGCCUGGUAGAACUGAACCAACUUGAGCUUCUGAAGAAGGGAGAAUUCCGUUAGAGUGAGAUUGGAACAAUUUACAAAGUUCCAUCACCAUGGAGAUGGAUUCCGGAAUGUUAAAUUUCUGUAUAUGACAUCAUAAUCGCUCAUCUCUUCCAUUCUAUUUUGGAACGAAUGGAAAUCCGGAGACGGUGCUUUUAAAUUGCUGUCAUGUGUUACAGAUUGGAAAUUACUAUUCCUAACAUACAGUGUGCAUCGUCAAGGAUGCACUUUGGAAGCAUCUCAACUUUUUAAAUAUCAAGGCAAGACACUGCAGGUGAAUAGGGUUAAAAUAUUGGACUAUAUUACCAUACUUCCCCAAUUGAUUAAUUGCGUUUAAGGGAUAGUUCACCCCGAAAUGAAAACUCACAAUUAUUAUUCUUCAUCUUAUGGACGUCAAUGGGUGCUAGCAACUAGGGCUGUGCCAAUAAACAAUAUUAUAUCGAGUCGCGAUAGAAUUAAUGUACACAACGAUGAUAAGCUCUGGACUAUUUUACUCUGUACUGAUCUAAAAGCCAAUCACACAGCAGAAAUGUGCAACAAUGCUAAUCUGAAAGUGUUUUAAGAUUAGAAAUGUACCGAAUGUUCGGCCAACGAAAAUGUAUCGGAAAUAUGUUAUGCCAUUUAAUGGACCCUCUAAUUUUAGUGGCUUCAGUCAUUGUUGGAGUACUCUUUUAAAUCUGGAAGCAUUACCAGCUGAUAUAUUGAUAUUGAAAUAAAUAUCGUUAUCGUUCGAUAUGGAAAAUAAUUAUCGAGAUUGCAUUUGUACCAUAUCGGCCAGUUCUACUAGCACUUCUUCAAAAUAUAUUGUGUAUAUAGAGUUCAACAAAAGAAAGAAACUCAUAAAGGUUUAAAACUACAUGAGAGAGAGUAAUAGAUGAGGUAAUUUUCGUUUUUAGGUGAACUAUCCCUUUAAGAAUUACAACAUUUUUUGUACGACAAGAGGAGGCUUUACUUAAUUAAAUAUGCACUCAUUUGCAUACAAUUCUAGCACACAAAAAACGAAAUUCUUGUGUAAAUAUGCUAAUUAUGUAUGAGCAGUUUUCUUUGUCGGAACCUUCAGAUUAAUGACAUGAAUUUAACUGCAUGUAAGUGUUGCUCAAGUGCACAUUUACGGCUCAACGCAUGCAGGACAAAGAAAAUGCCUUAAUAUACAGUUGAAGUCAGAAUUAUUAGCCCCCCUUUGAUUUUUUUUUUUUCUUUUUAAAAUAUUUCCCAAAUGAUGUUUAACUAAGCAAGGAAAUGUUUACAGUAUGUCUGAUAAUAUUUUUUCUUCUGGAGAAAGUCUUAUUUGUUUUAUUUCUACCAGAAUAAAAGUGGAAAAUUUAAUUUUUUUGAACAUCAUUUUAAGGUCAGAAUUAUUAGCCCCUUUAAGCUAUAUUUUUUUCGAUAGUCUACAGAACAAACCAUCAUUAUACAAUAACUUGCCUAAUCACCCUAACCUGCCUAGUUAACCUAAUUAACCUAGUUAAGCCUUUAAAUGUCACUUUAAGCUGUAUAGAAGUGUCUUGAAAAAUAUCUAGUCAAAUAUUGUUUACUGUCAACAUGACAAAGAUAAAAUAAAUCAGUUAUUAGAGAUGAGUUAUUAAAACUCUUAUGGUUAGAAAUGUGGUGAAUAAUCUUCUCUGUUAAACAGAAAUUGGAAAAGAAAAAUAAACAGGGGGGCGAAUAAUUUAGGGGGCUAAUUAUUCUGACUUCAACUGUAUGUAUUAUAAUUGAAAUCUCCAGACAUAAAUUGAAAAAAUAUGACAAAAGAAAAACUUAAGAGUUUAUUUUCUUUACAGUAGACUCAAAAAUAAAAGCACUUUAUGAAAGUCCAAGAUUGACCGAUGCAUAAUGAAAGGUGUUUUUGGCUGCGGUGUCUUGCCAUCAUGUAAUUUAAUUUCCUUAACACACAAGAAUGUUUUGUUUGAGGUUGAAGGCGACCUCAGAUUUAUAAUUUAUGUGAUAAAGUUUUUAUUUAAUAUUUAUGUUAUGAAUAUGGAUUCAGCUCAUGCAGAUUAGUUGUACAUUAAAUUGUAAUUUAUUGAAUGGAAAUAUUGUCAUUGUUUAAACUGCUCUGCGUUAACAAGUAUAAAACGUGUUUUGCCAAAGAUUAUUUUUGUGCAUUCGUCAUUGGAGUUGUAGAAUCUUUUUGUUCCUAUCAGAUAAUUGUGAUAACUGAAAAUGAUUAUUUAUUGUAUUUAAUUUAUU